AUGGGGUUUUGCAAAAGGAUCUUAUUAUACGAGGAGCCUAGUGAAAGUAAAUGGCGUGGAACGAUGAGAAAAACUUAUAAAAAGUUGCAAGAAGCUGAACCCUGCAACGUGUUUAAAUUGGCGAGUUGGACAUUAUUACAAGUUACUUCGUUCCGAGGCCUUCAGUUUACGUACGGUCCUGCCAUUGCUGCGAACAACCAAAGCACUUUUGAGUUGCUUUGGAGGAUGUUUCGAGUCAACACUUGUCUUACUGUCGCCCUUAGUGUUCUCAUCCUGACUCGCGACGCCAUCCUUGGUACCCCGAAAUCAGCUCUCCUGUCAUUGGGGGUUCCAAAUUUUCCUGGCUUAAACCUCUUGUCAGAGACUCUUUACACCGCUUGCUUUGGUAUAUGGGUAGCAUGCUCAGCAGAUAACAUGUUUAACUCUCUCACCCUUUUGGCUACAUGUGCUCACAAGAUAGCGAUAGUAUUGAAUUGUCCUCAAGAUAUACUAGAGCUUUGUGAUCCGAGAUACUUUCCAUCGGCCUUCGAUUCGCCGCAUAAAUCUAAUUCAAUCGCUCACUUUUGGGCGAAAGGUUGGCAUACAUUAUUACAAAGGAUAUUUUUAAUCAGCGGUGGAUUGCCCAUUGCCUGGCUAGUGAGGAGAUUCGGAGCAAGUCAUCGAAUUGUGAGAUUAGCCGGAAUGAUUGGUGUGUUUGCUUCUUCGGCAAUACUCCAUGAAUACGGAGCACUUCGAACUGCUCAGGUCCUGGAUCCUAACCUAGACCUUUCAACUUGGUUUCCCGGAUCAAUUAUUUUUUUCAUGCUCCAACCUUUAGCUAUCUUGGUCGAGCCUUUUGUGAUACCACUUAUCCCCAAAAUAUUGGGAGGUGGACGACUCUGGGUGUGGACUUUUGGUCUUCUUGCAGCUUUUCCUUUUCGCAAUCAAUAUUUGGUUGGAAUGAGAGCUCACCGCGAUGUACCUCCACUUAAAAAGUGGUCAAUGAUUUACAUGUUAAUGCCUGUCAAAUUGUGA